AUGGCCUCCCGUAAUAUUGAACCCCUCGUUCUAAUCUUGGAACCCAAUAAUCCUUGUAAUACAAAUAUCUCCGAUAAUGACGACGGCAAAAUAUUAUACCAAGUUUCAACCGAACAUGGAAAGCAUACCACAACAAGAGUGAAGAAUACUGCGGGAGAGACGAUAGCUUCGUGGGAGUGGAGAGACACACGGUCAGACGUGAUAUCCCUCGGAAGAGGGCCACCUAUGUCUGUUGGGUCCUGGCUGAAGAAGAGUAUGAUGCCAUUUAAGGACACAGUAACAUUCCAGGAUUUUUCCGGAAGAUCAUUUAAAUGGAAAGGGAAUGCACCAGGCCUUUCACUAGAGUUAUUCUGUGAAAACGACAAGAAGAAACCCGCAGCACGUUUCAUCAAACCACAUCCAGUUCUGAAUCAAGAUCCGAGCGUGAGGUUACAACAAUAUCAGUGGACACCUGCUCAGUUGAUUCUUGAUGAACGAGGAGAAGAGAUUAUAGAUUUAGUGGUCAUCUCUUUCCUAGUUCUGGAAAAGACCAGACGCGCCAAUGAAAACUCGACAUCCAAUCGUGCAGAUGUUUUGGGUCAACCCAUUUCAGGGAUAGGUUUAGGCGCGCCGUAUACUUUAAAUGGCGGAGGAGUAUGA